CCGGCGAACGCGGCGGCGGCGGCGGCGGCGGUGUGGGCCAUGGAUUAAGGCGGCGGCGGCGGCGGCGUGGGAGGAGGAAGAUGGCGGCUGGCAAGAGCGACGGCAGCGCCGGGGAGAUUACUUUCCUGGAAGCUUUGGCUAGAUCAGAAUCUAAAAGAGAUGGAGGUUUUAAAAAUAAUUGGAGCUUUGAUCAUGGAGAAGAAAGUGAAGGAGAUACAGAUAAAGAUGAGGCAAAUCUACUCAGUGUAGAUGAAGAUGAGGAUUCUGAAACCUCAAAAGGAAAAAAGUUAAAUCGUCAAUCUGAAAUUGUUGCUACUAGUUCUGUUGAUUCCUGGAAGACAUGUGCAAGACGAAACAAGACCGAAAGUUUCAAACCUUUGAAAGGCAACGCAAUUGGACUUAACAUGUUGAGCAACAAUAAGAAAUUGAGUGAAAAUACACAAAAUACAUCAUUAUGCUCUGGAACUGUAAGACGUUUUCCUCAUGCUAAUGCACAGAUAGCAGUAGUAAAAACAGCAGCCCAAAGCAGUCUGGACCAAAAGGAAAGGAAAGAAUACCCACCUCAUGUCCAAAAAUUUGAAAGUAACCCUGUAAGGUUAAGUCGGCCCCAAAGUGUUGAUCGUAUAAUGAAAAAAACAGAAGAGCCUGAAUCACACCUGGAGUCUGAAAUUAAAAGGAAAGUUGCACAGAAACGUCACAGUAGUACAUAUCAGUCUACCCCACCUUCUCCGUCUCCUGCUUCCAAAAAAUGUUUAACUGAUUUAGAGGUUUCUAAACAGUGUGGAUUUUGUCCAAAAUGUGGGAAAGAAAAAGAAAAUCAGACCAAAUGCCAAAGUUGUGGUAUUCCUUUUUCUAAGGAUUUGCAGAGAAAUUGCAGACAAACUGUAACCUUGAAUGACUCUGCUGGAUUUUCAUUAAGAACAUCAAUUCAUCAGAAUUCUGGAGGACAGAAGUCACAAAACACAAUAUUACCAGCCAAGAAGUUUUAUGGCAACAGUGUGGGAAAGAUUCCAAUUGAUAUUAUUGUGAGUUGUGAUGAGAGUGGACAGAAUUAUUUACAUACUAAUGGAAAAGUCAUUCUAUCUAGGGCAAAAGUAGCCAAAAUCACAAACCUGAAAGAAAGGAAAACAAGCCUGUCAGACUUAAAUGAUCCAAUCAUUUUGUCCAGUGAUGAUGAUGAUGACGAUGACGACAAUGACAGGAUUAACAGAAGAGAAAGCAUCUCUCCGCAACCUGCUGAUUCAGCAUGUUCUUCCCCAGCUCCAUCCACUGGAAAAGUAGAAGCAGCUCUAAAUGAAAACACUUGUAGAAUAGAGCAUGAACUAAGAAGCAUUCCAGCAGAUUCAGAAUUACAUACAGUUACAUUGCCAAGAAAGGCAAGAAUGAAAGACCAGUUUGGUAAUUCUAUUAUCACCACACCUCUAAAACGUCGCAAAGUGAUUUCUCAAGAAACUUUAGUUGAUCCUGUAUCUUUAAGCUGCCAAAGUUCCUCUGAUACUGUAGUUUUAAACUGUCGAAGUAUACGAGUAGGGACACUCUUCCGACUAUUAAUAGAACCUGUAAUUUUUUGUUUAGAUUUUAUCAAGAUACAGCUAGAAGAACCAGAAAAUGAUCCUGUAGGGAUUACUUUAAAUACCUCUGAUCUAACAAAAUGUGAAUGGUGUAGUGUCCGAAAAUUACCAGUAGUGUUUCUUCAGACUAAACCGGCAGUUUAUCAGAAGCUGAGCAUGCAACUGCAGAUGAACAUGGAGGAUAAAGUUUGGAAUGACUGUAAAGGAGUAAAUAAAUUAACAAAUUUGGAAGAACAAUACAUAAUUCUAAUUUUUCAAAAUGGCCUUGAUCCUCAGGCAAAUAUGCUAUUUGAAAAUAUUAUUACUGACAUUGGUAUAAAGAAUAAUGUGUCAAAUUUUUUUGCGAAAAUUCCCUUUGAUGAAGCUAAUAGCAGACUUGUUGCCUGUACAAGAACCUAUGAAGAGAGCAUCAAAGGAAGUUGUGUGCAAAAAGAAAACAAAAUUAAAAAUGUGGCCCUUGAAUCUAAAAUACAACUUAAAAACAAACAAGAAUUCCAAUUUUUUGAUGAUGAGGAAGAAACUGGAGAGAGCCAUACCAUCUUCAUGGGUCCUGUAGAAAAAUUGAUAGUAUAUCCACCACCUCCAGCUAAGGGAGGCAUCUCCGUUACUAAUGAGGACCUGCAUUGUCUAAGUGAAGGAGAAUUUUUAAAUGAUGUUAUUAUAGACUUUUAUUUGAAGUAUUUGGUGCUUGAAAAAUUGAAGAAAGAAGAAGCUGACCGAAUUCAUAUAUUCAGUUCUUUUUUCUAUAAACGCCUUAAUCAAAGGGAGAGGAGAAAUCUUCAUGAAACAACUAAUCUAUCAAUACAGCAGAAGCGACAUGGAAGAGUAAAAACAUGGACCCGGCAUGUAGAUAUUUUUGAGAAGGAUUUUAUUUUUGUACCCCUUAAUGAAGCUGCACACUGGUUUUUGGCCGUUGUUUGUUUCCCUGGUUUGGAAAAACCAAAGUAUGAACCUAAUCCUCAUUACCAUGAAAAUACAGUCACGCAAAAAAGUUCACCUGUAGAGGACAGUUGUAUUUCUUCUCCUUCAGCCAGUGAAAUGGACAGUUGUUCACAAAACUCUGCUGCCAAGCCUGUAAUUAAGAAGAUGUUAAACAGAAAGCAUUGCGUAGCUGUAAUUGAUUCAAAUAAUGAACAGGAAGAAAGUGACCCUCGUUACCGGAGAAGCAUAAGCAGUGUGAAAUGUAGUCUGAAAAAAAUAAAUCAUACUGCAAGUGAAAAUGAAGAAUCGAAUAAAGGAGAACCCACAUGCCAGAAAUUUGUUGAUAGGACUGAAAGUGAGAAUGGCCUACAGAAUGAAUAUUUAAGUUCUAUGCACCAUACAGAUGGUUUAAGCAAAAUAAGACUAAACUACAGUGAUGAAUCAGCUGAAGGUAGUAAAAUGCUUGAAGAUGAACUCAUUGACUUCUCAGAAGAUCAGGAUAACCAGGAUGAUAGCAGUGAUGAUGGACUCCUUGCUGACGACAACUGCAGUUCAGAAAUAGGACAGUGGCAUUUAAAGCCUACUCUCUGUAAACAACCUUGUAUCUUACUGAUGGACUCACUCAGAGGCCCUUCUCGGUCAAAUGUUGUCAAAAUUCUAAGAGAGUAUUUAGAGGUGGAAUGGGAAGUUAAAAAAGGAAGCAAAAGAAGUUUUUCCAAAGAUGUUAUGAAAGGCUCUAAUCCAAAAGUACCACAGCAAAACAACUUCAGUGACUGUGGCGUAUAUGUAUUGCAGUAUGUGGAGAGCUUUUUCGAGAAUCCAAUUCUCAAUUUUGAAUUACCUAUGAAUCUGGCAAACUGGUUUCCUCCCCCAAGAAUGAGAACAAAAAGAGAAGAAAUCCGAAACAUAAUUCUGAAGCUACAGGAAGAUCAGAGCAAAGAGAAAAAGAAGCAUAAGGACACUUACUCAACAGAAACGUCUUUAGGUGAAGGAGCAGAACAAUAUAUCAAUAGCAUCUCAGAUUGACCAUUUCUGAUGCUUGUGGGUAUUGCCUUCAGAAACUGAGUGACUUUAAACUUUGGGUAUAGACAGUAAAGAACUGAAAUGCUCACUACUCAGAGUGAUUUGGAAAUGUUAAUGAUUGUAUAAAUGUCAUAUAAUUAAUUUCCAAUGGAGUAUGUAUUAAGUAAAAGUCUGUAAAUAUGUUAAUGAGGCCAAU